CAUCUGUGAUGUGGAUUCGGAGCUGCGGACGGUUGACUGAACGUCUGACGAGCAAAAGUGAAAAGAGAAGUUUAUUUUUCUGAUUUUUCCACAGCAGUCAUCCAUUUUUGUAACAUUUUAUUUGUUGCUUGCUAGCUAUUGAAGCGUAAUUUUAUAAUUCUGCUAAAGAAUUGUCCUUGAAAAGUCGAUAUAUAAUAGGUUCUGAAAGCAGGUACUGUAUUAAUAACAAGAGUUGUGGAAAAAGUUGAUUUUUGGAAAAAUGAGAAAAAUCUGCACCAACUGCCGAUGGUAACUUAGAGCGAAACGGCAGACAGUAGUAUCAAAGAUAUCUGUAGAACAAGAACAAACGCAGUAGGAUUGGAAAAAGUAUGGUUAUACAAACCGUACGAGGAAAACCGAAACGACGAAAACGAAGACAAACCUACGCAAUAGUCGGCAAAGACGAUUAUCCGGGAGAACCACGAGAAUCAGCUGGAAAUAUAUAGGGGUAGCAAACUAACUGCAAGUAAAAGGGUAGCAUAAUAACAAGAUGGAUGUGACAAAGUUAUUCUCCGACCUAGAGUCGAACAAUUUAGCCCUGGCCGAUGACAGCAAAAAACGUUUCUCCGAAUUGUUUACAACCUCUCGUGAAUCCUGGCUAUCACACAGUAUGAUGGACUAUUUUGGACAAACCUCAUCGGUCAGAAUUAUUGAUAUCCUUGUGAAGGUACAACAACCCCAUGAUAAGUAUAUCCUGGACAAAUUAGCCGAAUGGAUACGAAGCGGAUCGAAUAAAAUGCUAGCGCUGACUCUUUUUGGGCAUAUUAUCCAGAAAAGACCGUCCUGGUUGUGCAAGGUGGGUAGUCACCAGCUGGUUAGAGAGAUGCUUAAACUAUCUAAAAUGGAGAAGGAAAUCAUACCACUAAUUAAUGCCGUGCUGUGCAUCAUCAACCUGCUACCGGUUAUUCCGUUGGUGAUGGGAGGAUACGUUCAAGAUUUGUUCGAAAUUUUCAAUUAUUUAGCUACGUUCGAUAGGAACACUUCGGUCAAUUUACCAGAAGACCAGUUGAUUCAUUUGCAGUUCGGUUUGUACGAAUUGUUCAAUCGAUUAUAUGGCAUGUAUCCGUGUAAUUUUGUGACGUUCCUAAAGAGAGAGUAUCGUGGCGAAAAGCAGGCCAUUUUUCAACAUACGAUUAAACCUCUGCUGGACACCGUCAAGAUACAUCCUCGUUUGGUGUCGUCCGAUCAGGACAGUGAAAUCAGCCAAGUUCGUUGGAAAAAUAUGGAACCGCACGAUGUGGUUAACGAGUGUGCCCGAAUGUCACUGGAUUAUCUAGACAAGCCACAGGAGCCUCAGCAAAUUGCAGGCAACGAAUGUCCUUGCUAUGCCACGCCUUUAAAACCCGCUGAAUUUAACGCCGUCACAACAGCUAUAGAUUUCCAGUGGAAAGCAAGCGUAAACUACUUCAACACAAUCUCCACAGACCAAAAACUCAGUACAAUUGCAGCCCAAAAUUCAUUCUGGUCGCCAAGCAAUAUGAUGCAACCGACACCACCGCCGGGACCAGCAACAGUUCCUCACACUCCCAAUCCCACACCAAGUUACACGAUUCCCUCUAUAUCGGGUCCGCAGUUGCCGGCUGCUGAUGGAGCUUCACCCCCAGAAGCAGCCGUAGAAGCAACGCCUGAAACUACUCCGAUGAAGGAUAUUGUGAAACCAGUUCGGCCUUAUCCGGUGAACUCGACAGCGGUUCGGGCAAUGUGGAAUACCAGUCAGCCGUCGUCGCCGAUUAAAAAGGAAGCUACCCAUUUUAGCUACGAGAAAAGUGUCAUUACAUCGCAAAAAUUGCUGCGGAUGGUGAAUGAUCGUAAUCACUCGGUGUUGCAGAUGCCAUCCAAUUCUGCAGUCAACACCACUACAACUUCUACAUCGACAACAAGCAACAGUGUUCCGUCAAGUCCACUGCCUAUUGAUCAACCUGCUUUCGAAAUCAGUCGACUGUCUCAACUAGUAUCGAAUGUGUCUCUUACCUCGGGCACCAUCGCUAGAUUUGAUUCACCAACGAUUAGUCACCCCGAUUGUACGCAAGAGGAUCAGGAAGUACACGACAUUAAUAGUCAACAUAUGCUUCAGGAACUGCUCCCGAUCCCGCUGACUCAGGCUGUACCACAUCAACUGCCCUCUGUUCAUCCAAUGAAGGAAGCUUUCGAUGCAGAGGAUUUCGAACAGGAGGAAGGGUCCCCCUGUUCCGCUGGUGGAUUGCACUUUAAGAAUUCGCAAUCGAUGAUUAAUUUUACCAGGCGUCGCUAUCGAAUGCAUAGCCAGUGCGUGGUGGACUCGGAUCCCAGCUACAGUACGGGAACUUCCCCUGCCGAUACGAGCAGUUAUAUGUUGAAGAAUGGAACCGGAAUUUCUACGGCACGAAGUUCGGCUGGAGUAGUGACAAGAAAGCAUCAACGUCGGCACUCGCUACCGGAUUUGAAAAAAUACAGUUUAAGAGUAGAUCCAAAGACACUGGCGGGCGAUCGGCUAGAUCUGACACUAGUUGAGACAAAUGGGGACAGCAGUAGCGGGAGCAGUCCAUCGGGGGAAGAGGCUAUAUCGGCUGCAACUCAUUUUCACAAGAAACAAGAGCAAAAGACUGAAGAGCAUAUUCGUAGGAAUUUAACACUGUUCCAAGAAAUACGUAAAAAUUUGACCAAUGUAGGAGGUUGUCAUCGAACGGGACAAAACGGUCUUCCGGUAUCUUCACUUACCAGCAGUGCUACGCAGACAAUCGAAAGCUAUCCACAGCCGUACGAGCAAAUUGUUUACGGCAUUCUGCAAGAAGAGUUGAAAUAUAAAUCGGAUAUCGCGCUAAAGCGACUGCAAGAGCGUUGCGACAGUGAAAACAAACCGGACCCUAAUUUAAUGCUUGAUAAAUACAUAGAGCUUUGCGUGAAAAAGCGUGUGGCGAACGGCGAUCCCAGGCGAAUGGACGAGCUGUAUCGGGACCAUAUCACUUUGCUGAAUUUGCAACUGCAGUACGAAAAGCACCGACGGGAGAUCCAUGCCGAACGUAACCGACGGCUGUUGGGGAAAAGCAGGGUGAUACGUGGGCUAGAGCAAAGCAACGAAACAUUGAAGGAUCAGGUCUCGAGGCUGACCAAAGAAAUUAGCUCACUAAACACCGAACUGGCGGCACUGCGACGCAAAACAAAUGCGGACUGGGGUAAAAAUUCAUCGGAAGUGAUCGAGCUGAAGGAACGUUAUGCAGCUGAGGUUCACAAAAAUCAAGCUUUGCAAACACAAAUCAAAGAGCUAGAAUUUGCGCUGAAAGAGGAAACUCAAGCACGUAAGGAGCAAUCGAUGGCAGUGGAGCAAGCCCGCGGGGAGUUGUUUGAUUUACGGAACGAAAUGCAGCAAGCUCUAUAUAAAGCUGAUCUUGGACAGCAGUACAGAGACGAACUAACAAGGCUCCAAUGCGAGCUCAUUUUGAUGGGUGAGAUUCAACUGAAGUGCAAAGAACGACUUGGGAGCCUGGACAGCGUCAAAGCACGAGACGUGGAAAAUGCGAUUAUUCAGGAAACAUAUCUAGAGGAAGUCAAAGAUCUUAAAUUCAAUCUAGAAAUGAAAUCAGGGCAGCUGGAUUCGACCAAGGAACGUUUAACAGAACUCGAUCAACUGUUGGUCAAGCGCGAUGAAACGAUUGCGUUGCAGAAGCGUAUGCUGAAGACGGUCAAAGAGGAGUAUGAGGAAAAAUUCAAUGCCCUCGAGCGUAAGUAUCACGCACAAAAAGCUAUCGUCAUCAAAAUGGAGGAAGCUAUUCUAGAGCUACGUGUUAGCACCGCCGCUCGCUCUCCCGAUUCUGAUCGGACAGAUGCAGUUGGAUCGCUAGAUCAUACCUCUCCGCUAUCGAUAUCACUAGCCUCGAGUGAGGGUCUUUCGGAGAUUAAAAACCUUGCAUUGGUGGUGCAGUCUGGUAGUGGUGGUGGUAGCAACCUUAGUACCCUUGAACUAGAUUCAAAUCAACCAACACCAUUGGGAGGUACUCAUGCCUCAAUGGACAAAGAUGUCACGGGUAGGCCUCUGCACCAACCUGGUAAUCAGUCGGAAGAUACUGCAACGGCAAUUCCUGGGCCAAGCCAGCGGAUGUAAGUCGCACGUUCGUUUCACUUGUCUUUGUAUGCCAUGUUUCAAUCCCUCCUCCACCUGUAAAUCUGCAUAACUGAUGUAAAUCUAUCUCUCAAUCUCGUUGAUGUAAUGUUCGCGCAGAGCACUCAAAUUUGCAUGCAUGCAAACGAUAUAAUAAAGAAUAUUAGUAUUUAUUAGGUUGUUGGAGGAUGACUGUUUUCAAGUCGUUGAUCAAAAGAAACAAAAACUUUAGUCGAUUGGCCUUCAAGGUUGAAAUUCAAAAAAAAAAUGUGAAGAGAUUUACUAAGAAAAAGAAAGUUUAUAAAAUUAUGCUGCUUGCUUUAGUGGGGAAUAGUGUUGAGAAAU